AUGGCAGCACUGGUGAACACAGCGGCUUUCAAUGGUGCCUACGACCGAGAUCCAUUUUGUUUUGAAAAAUCUAGAGUGACCAGUUUCAAGCAAUUUAUCAGAGGAGAAGAGUAUCCUUAUGGAUCUACGGACCUCAACUACAACGACGGACAAAAAGAUUGGACAGGAUAUCACAGAUUUCUACAAGCUUCUGGCUACAUGACCAAAGGAGAACCUAACAUGGUCUUGUCCAAAGAUUGGGGGCAAUAUUACGUAGGCGCUCAUGUCAAAAAUGGCAAUUAUACUCUGUUUGCCAUCGACAACGUAGCCAGCGGAUGUGUGGAUUGUCCCUAUUUAAACCCUAAGCAAUCAGGUGAUAUCGUAUACAAGAUUUUCAUGGGCACCGAAGGUUUACCUGCAGACACCACAGUCCUUCUGUUUGCUGGAUUGGAAAACCUGAUAGAAGUGGAUUCUAACGAAGCCGUGUUGUACGACAUUGUACAUGGACACACCUGGCGACGCUUGAAGAUGGAAAGAUAAUCUUAAAUAAUGUGCAGUUGGAUUUUUUAGCGCGUCAUGAUCCUAGACUCGAACCGCAUUUUUACGGAACUGUACCCUGCGAUAAGUUACCUAGACAUCCUCAGAAAGACAGAUCUGUGGGAUACAUUGUAAACACAGAUUCGCAUGAUCGACCUGGAAGGCACUGGAUAGCACUUUGGACAACCCCGGAAAACGUGCGUGAAAUUUUUGAUAGUUAUGCGUUACCGUUACAAGUGUAUGAAACCACUCAGCCGUUGAUCGAUUGGAUCAACACAUAUUGGAAAUACGUCGUGCGAUCGUCCAAGAGUUUACAGUCUCUUUACAGUCACAGUUGCGGAGAUUAUGCCUUGAUGUAUUUGAGACACAGAGCUAGACGAAAAGACAUUAGUAAAUUUUUGAAACUGUUUUCUAGACAUGAUUUCGUAGCCAACGAUCAUAAAGUAGGUCAAAUGUUAAAAAAGUUCAUAGAAAAAGCGAUUUCACAAGAAGAAUGGUGUAUGACCUCAGGCAGAGACUCGCAUCAGAAUUGUAAACGUAUUUUUGGAAAAGAAUUAUGCUUCUGUUUGAUAUAAUGUCUUGCGUGAUGGCAGGGUAGCUCAAACGUGUAGAGCGUCGGACACACAACUCCUCACCAGUGGUGAGGUAAGUCCGUCCAAAGGCUAUAGGUUCAAACCUUAUCCCAGUCACACUUCUUUUAUGAGUUGAGUUUUGUACCGCGCAUGCGCAUAUUUUAAAAUUUUUUAAAAUUUUUUUUUUUUUUUGUAUCAAAAUCUCAGUAUGGGAUGAUUGCUGAACAUGUACAGCGUAACGUUUACAUCUCUAAGGAUGUCAAGUUUUUCUUUUCAAAAACGAAAUAAAUAAAAAAUGAUUUAAAAAAUAAUAAAAAAAAUUUUUAAAAUAAAUAAAUAGAUAAAAAUAAACACGUAACAUCUGCCGUGACCAGGCUUUGAACCUGGGUUACUGCGGCCACAACGCAGUGUCGUAAACACUAGACGAUCAGGGCAACGGUCAAUCGAUAGGUGAUAAUUAAACGUACUUAUUUGAUUCUUUGUUUCACAUCUUUUGUCUCUAUAAAAACCACUGUCAUCUGUAGCUUUGUAUCAAAAUCAUGGAACGUGCGGCACCUUUCAAGUUUCAAUCUCCGUCCAGUAUUUUAAUCGCAGAACCUUUAGGUUGCGGCAAAACUUGUUUUACCGAAUCUUUCUUAGUACAUCAUUUAUCCGAUUUGUUUGCACAGUCACCUACCGCUAUAGUGUAUUGUUAUGGAGCAUGGCAAGAAAAAUUUGAUCGUAUGAGACACAACGGGUAUAAAAUUUCACAGAGGAGUCCCCGAUGUAUCACAUCUACAAAAAUGAUUUACAGCGAGAGGAGGUAUUUUGGUUUUGAAUGAUUUAAUGGCUGAAGGUGGUAAUGACAAAGAAGUCAUGGAUUUGUUUACCAAACAUUCUCAUCACCGAAACAUUACGUUUCUUUAUCUCUGUCAAGAUAUGUUUCCACCCGGUAAAUACGCCAAGACCAUUUCUCGUAAUUCGCAUUACAUUGUGGCUGUCAAGAAUCCUCGCGAUCAACUGGGUAUGCAUAAUAUCUUAUUACAGGCGUAUCCGAAAACAUGGGAACAGGUGAUGGAAGUAUAUCGAAAAGAAACCGAGCGACCGUUUAGAUAUUUGACGGUCGAUUUUCAUCCGGCCGGUUAUGAUAGGUUUCGCAUUGUGAGCCGCUUAUUAAAGCAUGAAGGCUGUAUGCAAUGUUUCAUUUUACCCCCGCAUAAACACCUAUAA